CAGUAGCUCCAUGAGCUAACUUGUUGUAGGCCUACCACACGUGAGUGCAUGACCUUCAACAUUAGGUUGUCAAGUUGUUUUUUCCUACAAGGAGGGGUUAGUGUGUGGAACUGCUGACAUUCUUGCCAUCUUGCCAACCAGCCGAGUCUGCAUGGUUUUACUUGGGUUCAAGCCAUACAAACAAUCCACUCAUUUCGGAGUAUGAUAUCAAUCAUGAGCUGUUGUUGGUUGUAUACACAAUACAAAGCACGGUUGAGUGGUUGGUAAUACCAAAAGCGGAUCGGGUGUACUUUAUAUCGCAGUGUGAACUACAAAUUGCUGGAUCGGGUGUACUUUAUAUCGCAGUGUGAACUACAAAUUGCUGGAGGGAUCCAUGUUGACACUCAACACAUUGGAGUUACUGCACCGUGAUAAAUUCGCUUCUUGUUGGGGACAGGGCAAGCACCUCGACUUCAGAUAUACAUGUACGUUGACUUGGGUGAAAUGACUUAUUGCUCCAUGAAUGACUACAUGAGUUGGAUUGCAUGAUUGUGAUAAUUAGGUGGUUUACUGUCAGUAGGUAGAUGACAAACAUGAUACUUAGUCGUGUCUAAUUAGCCGAACUUCUAGCAAGAUUGGGUUGUCCAAGAUACAAUCAAGAGUAGUGCAAACACAGUGACGACAUGGGUUCUUAGGUUUGUGGUGUCGCCAGGUAAUUAGUUCCUCACAAAGAGAGGGAAAUUAUCGUCUGAUUGCAACUUGCAAGCUUUAAUAACAUUCAAGCUCAUUAGACAUUUUUGGCAGAUGGCUACCGAAAUGCCUACUGAAGAUGCCGAGCCACCAUCAACUGAAGACAAGGAUAAAUCAAGUGAUGAGGCGGUAGGUUCAGAUGAUGAGGUACCUAAGGAAAAGGUCAAGGUGUGUCCAUCUCUCAUCCACGACAACCGCCUCCAGAGGUCACUUCUUCAACUUGAAGAUGAGGAGGAACUGAACGAGGCAGCGGUUGAGGCUCAGAGUCUCUCCCUCAACCUCAUUAAGUUCAUGGGAGACAUGUGUGGAUGGGUGCCCGAUCCGAGCGUGCAACACAGACGGCAGCCGGUGGAGAAACACCCGCCAAAAGCAGGGAGGACGAAGCCGGAUGGUGCUGGAGGGCUGAGUGCUUCCCGGAGGUUCCAGCGCAGCACACACGGGCAAAACCAUCAGACAGCUGCUACCCAAGACUUUGAGUUUAAACAUUACAGCAAUAUUAAGAAGUACAGCGAGCAAUACCGUCGGUAUCACACCUGUGGUGGCCCCUUACAGAAGCUGACACAUUCCGCUUUCGGCCGGUCCAGGACUAUCUACUACGCCGGGGAUGCAACGGCAGAUGCGGGCGUGGAAGUUGGAGGUAUGGUCACCAGGACCGGCGCCUUGCAGCAUCAUCAGCAGCCUCCGAACCGACCUGGCCUGGGGCAUGGUGCUAAUGUUGCCCGUGGCUCAACCGAAGUACCGAAUUCCAACAACCAACCGCCAGUCACUUACAGUGAUAUAUCAGUAAACUCCCCGCGGUAUAAUUUACUAGCAGACACUGGUCAACAAAGGAAACGCCAUCCUUCGAUAAAUUGGACACAUCUCCAGAAAAACGGAGCAGGCCACCCCGGAGGCCAGCCCUGGAAUAUCGGCAUGAACGACCAGACACUGACCGUCUAUACCUCCCGGGCCCCAGCGCUCCCAUCGCCCCAUCAUACCCCUGCCGCCUCCUCCUCAAGCCCGCCAAAGCCACACUUGCCUUUCUUUCCAAGCCAACAACCAUUGAAACAACUCCAAACUUCAACCACGAGGAUGACACCUCCUGGUUCGAAUCCCACUACUGACUUGCUGCACAGCGGAUUUUCUUUGGAUAAAACACUUGGAACUCCCGUGACAAGCUCUUCGACUGGAAUUUCACUUAAACCGGGCCCUCAUCGGGACUUCUACUCACAACUCAUGCACGCUGCCAACUGUCUGAGACUAGCCAACAAUUAUUCAUCCUCAGACUUCGAGUUUGAACUUCCACGCUGGCCAACUUUCACCAUGCACCACGACAUGACCACCACUGCAUCACAGCAUAAAACACCCGCCAAGAAAUCACCACAGUCCACGCCUCCACCCCAACAGCCAAACGUACAAGUGCACAUCAAGGGGCGUGGGGUUAGCACCCCUCAAACACACACCACCAAAUCAGCCUCGCAGCUACACGCCACAAAACGCCACACAGCAUCAAGUAAGACCACACCCGUCUACACCAUAUCGGAUCCCACUUCUGCCACCAAAGAGACUCAUUUCAUUACCAUUGAAGCCCCAACUUGUUCGCCAUUUGAUGUAAGGUCAGCUCCAGCACAUGCUAAGAGGACCUCACCGGAAGUGAACAAAACAUCCUAUCGGGUCACACUCAAGGAGAAGCCAGUUGAAGUGCCUUCCUCCAUGGUGGAAGACAGCUCUCCUGUGGACAUGGUUGCCAACUCCAACAGGCCAAUUGCGGUCUGCGAAGUGACCUGGUACUGAGGUUAUUCCGUCUCCAAGCAACACAGCAUUCUUGCCAUUUGUCAGACUGGAAUCCAAUAUUGCUAUCCAGUGAGAUAAUUUAUGUGUCAUUUAGAUAGCAUUUGGGAUCACUUUAUUAUUUUGUUUCAUGAAUUGUCUACAUUUUAAGGUUACUUUCAACCAUAACAAAACCAAGUUUAUCGUCUAUAAUCUUUGGGAAUUGCCAAAAAUUUAACAGCAAGACAUGACACUGAAGUACAUGUUUUCUACAAAUAUUUCGCAAGGAGAAAGUCUAAGAGCCCUAGCGUUUCAAAGGGCUACAAAACUCCUUGGGUUUUGGAACACUACAUCCAUUCCAAUCACUGUGCUUACUUUUAAAAAUUUACCAAAAUUUACCUUAAUCAAAGUUAUGUUUACCCUUCCCCAAAAACAAGAUUAGAUUUUUCAAAGUUGAUAAUUAAAUGUUAAUUUGUAACCACACAUUGACAGUAUUUUCAGUGGCUCUUUGAAAAGUAACCAAAGCUGUACCAGAUGCAACCACUCUGAAUAUUGAGCAUGCCUCCCAAAGCCCACUUUUGUAUGUUAAUCCUUCAGAAAAAUCCCUCUUCAUGAAUAAUCUGGGAUAAUCCCAAACACUUGUACACCCUGUGGUGUCCAAAAGCAUGAAACUUUCAUGUUUGCAAAACUUUCCAAGUGAACUAUAAAGCUGCUAAUCUUUCUUUCAAAAGAAUGGUUGGCCUUCGUAUAAGGGCAGGGAAAGGGAGUUAGGGUGUAGAAUCAGAAUAAAAUAUCCAUUGUGCAAACUUACUUGGGAGGCUUACAAAUAUUCGUAGAGCUUAUGCAGAGAAAUUGAGGAUCGUGUUAUCGCAAAGUAGAAGUUGGUUUUCAUAAUGUUAUGACACAGAUGGUGGUUCAAAAUAUAUCUGACCUUAAUAUGCAAUACAUUUUGAAAGGCAAAAAGUCCAUUAUUUGACAGAAAUAACUUUUGACUUAUCGACAAGUUCACAAGAACAAAAUCUAUCUGCAAUUGAGAGUUUAAGGAACGUUACAGAAUUGUUAACAAGACAAAUCAU